AUGUCAAGUUCUCGCUCUGUUUCAUAUAAUACUCCCAAUGUUGGAUUAAACGAAAGAUUUAGCAGGAUUGUUCGAUCUUCCGCAAAUACUCGUUCAAAUGGAACGGCUACUGCAGCUGCUAGUCAAAGCAGUGAACCUAGUGUUUUUGGACGUCUUCGUGGUCCCAAUAAUAACCAGAGUAAUGCGCGUGGUAGUGGUAACCGAACAGCAGCCAAUAUUCAAAAUCGUUUAGGCAGAGUUAAUGGUGGACUGAAAAAAAAACCAGCUACAAGCUCAAAUACAAAAGGAGGUGUUGGCCGUAACAAUCGUGGUGGUGAUGGUAGAAUACAAAAAAGACAACGACAACAACCACAACAACAGCAACGCGGUGAUAUCAAAAACAAAGGCAAAGGCAAAGGCAAAGCCUCAACCACGCAAAAGAACAAGCAGCAACAAAAGAGCAAAAAGCCUCUAACAGCUGAACAACUCGAUAAAGCGCUGGAUAGCUAUAUGAUGAAAGAUUCAACAUACGCUCAAGCCAAACUAGAUGCAGAAUUGGAUUCUUAUAUGGAUGAAGCAAGUGACAUUCUUAUAGAAGGUGGCGAGGAAGAAGAAGGGCAGAAGUUGUAA